GCUUGACUGUAAAUAGAGAACACCCUGACAUUCAGAAGCUUAACCUUUCUAACACUUAUGCCACGAUUCCAGAUGACAUAGAAGAUGACUUCCUAAUGAGGACAAUCCUCUUGUGACGAUGGGCCCACAUCCUGACUGAAAAUUGGGCAACAGCAAAGCUGCACCUCCGUGUUCUCUUCACCUCUACACUACAAAACGUUAUCCCCAUAUAGUAACCGUCCCGUCUUUUCCAACGAUGGCCACAUAUGGACAGACACAGUACAGUGCAGGAAUCCAGCAAACUGCUGCUUAUACAGCGUAUCCACCACCUGGGCAACCUUAUGGAAUACCUUCUUACAGCAUCAAAACAGAAGACAGCCUGAGCCAUUCUCCAGGACAGAGUGGAUUCCUUAGCUAUGGAUCUAGCUUCAGCACCGCAACAUCAGGACAGGCACCCUAUACCUACCAGAUGCAUGGUACCUCAGGGAUUUACCAAGGACCCAAUGGCCUGACGGGUUCUGCAGGGUUCAGCACAGUGCAUCAGGAGUAUUCUUCAUAUCCCAGCUUCACCCAAAGCCAGUAUUCGCAGUAUUACAGCUCUUCCUACAACUCCUCUUACAUGUCUGCAAAUAGCAUCAGCCCUUCAGCCAUCCCAACGUCUGCUUACUCUCUCCAAGAAUCGUCACACAACAUCAACAGUCAGAGCACCGAGUCACUUUCUGGUGAAUAUACAACUCCUGUAAAAGACACAGAAUCAGACAGGCAGCACAGAGGGACUGACGGAAAGUUACGAGGGCGAUCAAAAAGAAGUAAUGAUCCUUCCCCAACAGCUGACACAGAAAUUGAGCGUGUGUUUGUGUGGGACUUGGAUGAGACGAUAAUUAUUUUUCACUCCUUACUCACGGGAACCUUUGCAUCCAGAUAUGGGAAGGACACUACUACGUCUGUCCGGAUAGGGCUUAUGAUGGAAGAAAUGAUCUUCAACCUUGCAGAUACACAUCUCUUCUUUAAUGACCUGGAGGAUUGUGACCAGAUACACAUAGAUGACGUAUCAUCAGAUGACAAUGGGCAAGAUUUAAGCACAUAUAAUUUCUCAGCAGAUGGCUUUCACAGUUCAACCGCUGGAGCAAACCUUUGUCUGGGCUCCGGAGUUCACGGGGGAGUUGACUGGAUGAGGAAAUUAGCAUUCCGCUACCGGCGGGUGAAAGAACUCUACAACACCUACAAAAACAAUGUUGGCGGUCUAAUAGGAGCUCCUAAGAGGGAAACCUGGCUGCAGUUAAGAGCAGAACUGGAAGCGCUGACUGAUCUCUGGCUAACACAUGCUUUGAAAGCUCUGGAUUUGAUACAUUCCCGGCCUAACUGCGUAAAUGUUUUGGUGACUACAACUCAGCUCAUACCAGCACUUGCAAAAGUGCUCUUGUAUGGACUGGGCACCGUCUUCCCCAUUGAAAAUAUUUAUAGUGCAACAAAGACAGGGAAAGAGAGCUGUUUUGAAAGGAUAAUGCAGAGAUUUGGACGGAAAGCUGUGUACGUUGUAAUAGGAGAUGGUGUUGAAGAGGAGCAGGGGGCAAAAAAGCACAACAUGCCUUUCUGGAGGAUCUCCUGCCACGCUGACCUCGAGGCUCUGCGGCACGCGCUAGAGCUGGAAUACUUGUAGCAGACCCAGAUGUCUCCACCGUGGGCUUUGGAUCGCUCCUGAAGACACAGUCUAUUUUAUUGGCAUUUUAUGCUGUCCCUUUCUUGAGGUGGAGCUCUUUUGUAUGAAAGCCUUUAAAAGAAUCUGCACCAGGAACACUGCGUACCAAGUUCCUUUUACUUUGAAUGGAGGAUAAACCUUUAAAUGACCCAAUAACUGGAUACUUAGAACUGACGUGAGACAUUCGCCGUGUAAAUUACUUCCAGGCAUGCAGAAGACCAGUUCUGGUUUUAUUUGUUAGUGUUUUUUUUCUCCUUGCUUUAAUAAAUGGGAAUAGGGUGGGAAGACAUGACAUGGAGUUCCUAUGCAUAUUUGCUGGACAGUUUAUCAAUUCAGAUGAAUUUCUGAGGAAGAGAGAAAAAGAUUGAAACAGAUGAUUUUUUUGUAUUUUUUUAAUUUAUGAACUAAUCCUAUUACUCUGAUAUUAAGCUCAGUACCUGUGUUGUAUCUGCUGGGUUGGAUGGACUCAGCCCAUUCUAAUUUAAUCGCUCUUUUCUCCAAGGUAAACUCUGGGGAACAAUCAUUAUCUUGUCCAUUUGAAAUGAGCACAUUUGGGACUGUCAGUGUAAGAACUAUAGCUAGUUUUUAAAAACUGUGGCAUGUGGGCUUCACACAUGUCUACAUAGGCUGCCAUCUUGUUUUCACAUGGUUGGGAGGAAGAAUUACCUUGUGAUGAGUGAAUGGCAAUAAAAUUAUGUUUACAA